UAUACUCACUAAAACUGAAUUAUUAGCUUCAUAAUAAUAUCAAUUAUUAUCAAUAAAAUAAAAUUCUAAACCUUUUUUUAAAAGAAUCUCCCAGGCCAUGUCGACUGCUCCGCUUCGCGUACCUUCGGCCACGAGCCAUUCCAUAAUUCAGGACCACGUGUCGGAUCCCUAUUAGCUCAUGCACUGCUCGAAAGUAUCCAUGAAGCAGCCUUUCCCCCAUCUCCAACAUCCCCAUGUGCCCAUCCGUCAACUACUGGCAGCGUAACCCUUCCCAUCUACUAAUCUUCUUACACGUGUCCAAGUUCAGUCCCCUUCCUCCACCGCUUUUAUAUAUACCCGGCGCCCACCUGCCUAAAAACAGAAACUCAAAUCCAAAAAGUAUAUCUAGUCACUAAAGUCAAAACCAAGCUUUUUGUUUCCACCUCCUUCGCUUUUUAGAUUUCCUUUUUUUUUUUGGUUUAAUUUCUACUACAUGAUCCAAAAAUUAAACGGGUCGUGUCGCCGGAUUCUCACGUACCCGGCGGUACAUCCUUGCCACUCCAUUUCUCCACUUACUCUUCUAAACUCUCUAAUCGAUCUUGGUCGAGACAUUUGCAGUUACAAAUCCAAGUUUUUAUCCACCAACAAGAGAAAUGCACGCGAAACGUUCCGUCAAAUCACGAACCUUCUCCUUAUCGUCGAGGAGAUCCGAAAUGCCACGUCGGAUACACCUGAACAGGUCAUCCUCAGGUUUUCGGAGCUCCAUCUGACUUUUCAGAAGUUCCGAUACCUACUGGAAGACUGCUCUUGCAACGGGUCUCGAGUAUGGAUGCUGGUUAAUUCGGAUGGGGUUGCGAAUCACUUCCGGAUCCUGAUCGGGGCAAUGGCAACGGGUCUGGAUGUUUUCCCUCUUCCAACCGUUGACUUGUCAAACGAAGCCAAGGAGUUGGUUGAGUUAAUCGUAAGGCAAGCUAGGAAGGGAACUUUCGAAUCUGAUCCGGAAGAUAAGAAAGCCGUGAAAGAUCUCAUGCGGAUCCUGCACCGCUUCGAGGAAGGAAGCUCACCCGACCCGAUUGAAAUCAAACGGAUCUUGGAUCAUCUCGGCAUUACAAAAUGGAGCGAUUGUAAUAAGGAGGUGAAAUUCUUGAAUUCAGAAAUUGAAAUCGAAGUUUCCAAUAGAGGAAAUAAAAAAGAAUUAGAGCUUUUGAGUAGCUUAAUGGGAUUCAUGAGCUACUGCAGAGGUGUAAUCUUCGACUCCAUUGACUUUCAAAGUCAACAUCUCGAUGGCCAAUGUAACAGCAGCGAAUCUCUUAAAGGGAUCAACGGUGAUGAUCUCAAAUGUCCGAUCUCAUGGGAGAUGAUGUCAGAUCCAGUGACUUUGUCAACGGGACACACCUAUGAUCGUUGUUCGAUUUUGAAAUGGUUCAGUUCAGGGAACGCCACGUGUCCCAAGACGGGCGAGAAACUUACCAGUACGGAACUGGUUCCGAAUCUUGUCUUGAAAGGGGUGAUCCAACGGUAUUGUGCUAAAAACGGCGUCGUGGUUGCCGAAUCCAGCCGGAAGAAUCGGGAUAUUUCGAGGUCGAUCAUGGCGGGGAGUUUGGCGGGAGAAGGAGCUGUGAAGAUGUUGGGGGGUUUUCUGGUUAACAAACUUGUAAACGGAAGUGUUGAAGAGAAGAACAAGGCGGCUUUUGAGAUUCGGGUUCUUACGAAAACAAGCAUUUUUAACAGGUCUUGUUUGGUUGAAGCCGGCGCGGUCCCACACUUAUUGAAGCUGUUGAUGUCUAAAGAUUCUAACACCGAAGAAAACUCCAUUGCCGCGCUCUUGAAUCUUUCCAAGCAUUCGAAAAGCAAGGGUGUUAUGGUGGAGAAUGAAGGGUUGGAUUUGAUCGUUCAUGUUUUAAGAAAGGGACGUAAGGUUGAAGCUCAACAACAUGCCGCUGCUACCUUGUUUUAUCUUGCUUCGGUUGAGGAGAACAGGAUUUUGAUUGGUGAAAACCCAGAGGCUAUUCCAGGUUUAGUGGAGUUGAUUAAGAAGGGAAAUGAUCGUUGCAAAAGGAAUGCAUUGGUUGCGGUUUUUGGGCUUCUAGUGCACCCCGGGAAUCACUGGAGGGUUCUUGCAGCUGGGGUUGUUCCUUUGUUGCUGAAUCUUUUGAAAGAUUCGGAAAGGCAGGAUCUUGUAACGGAUUCUCUAGCAGUUUUGGCUACUCUAGCAGAGAAAGUUGAUGGGACGGUUGCAAUUUUACGCCGCGGGGCCUUGCAAUUGUUAGUGGGGAUUUUAAAUACCUCCACUUCAAGGACAGGGAAGGAGUAUUGCGUUUCCUUGCUGGUGGCCCUAUGUGUAAAUGGCGGUCUAGAUGUGGUUGCUCGUUUGGUCAAGAAUCCUUCUCUCAUGGGAUCCUUGUAUUCCCAACUUAGUGAAGGUACAUCUCGAGCUAGCAAAAAGGCCAGUGCACUCAUCAGGAUUCUGCAUGGGUAUUAUGAAAGGAGCUCCUCAGCUUCGGUGACUCCACUUCUUCCACGAGAACGAUUCGUUCACAUACGGUAACUGGUAACCCAAAUUUUUCGGGUUUUCAUUUAUUGAUUCUUUUUUUGGUCCAUUCCUGCGAUCUUUAAUUUCCUUGUAAAUACACGCAAGUGUGUAUAUUGCUUGCUUUCUUUAUUAGCUCGGUUUUUUUGAAGAGCUUAACCACUCAGCUUCUGCCUUUUUUAUGAAGCUGCGUGAAAAAAAAAAAUAAAAGUAUUGUUGCAUUGUAAUUUUAUUUACAGAUUGUUGGUAAUAAUGUCAUUAGAGUAUAAUACACAGUAAUGUAAAACUCAUUCCUUAUGAGUAAUAUGUGUAAACAGCUUCUGCUGUGUUGUGCAAUUCUUUUUCCAUGUUAGUAAUAAGAUUGUGGUACAGUUUGUCUAAAACACUUUCUAUAAACAUAAA